AUGGAGGACAACCGCAUAACUCGCAUAAUCCAUCAAAGCGCAGUGAAAAGAUUAGAGUAUGUGAGCGUUGAUGCCGAUUACGACGAUGGAUACGCGGGGAGAAUAUUGCCUCCUGCACGUCCACUGAAAUGUUGCAAGAAUGACGAGAGUUUGCCCCAGCUGAAAACGUUGUACAACGACAUUUUCAAACGGGAACCCGGUCAGUUCGUACCGGAUCGUAAAAACAGAAAUUUACUUUUCAACGCUUUCUACCAAUAUUUCGUUUUGCAAUUUUUCGACGUGGAUUCCAAUUUGAUGGUAACGGCUUCGCAAUUGUACGGCAGUGAUGCUGCGUCGGAGAAAUCGAUGAGAUCGUUCUCCGGCGGUAAGCUCAAGACACUGGAAUUUAAUUCCGACCUUUAUGCACCAAAUCAGGUGUUCGAACUGCGCUCAAGCGUAUUCUCAAAGGCUUGGGAAAAAAGCAUUUCGAACGAUGGUUCGUGGCUCAGCAGAACGAUCGCCCGGAUUUUCAAGCGGACAGAUAUGUUGGGCGCGAGCCCAAUGCUGUUCGUGAUCUCUACUAUUUGGGUGCGUGAGCACAACCUAGUGUGCGACGAGCUGUCACAGAAGUCACCAUCGUGGACAGACGAAGAGAUUUACACAACGGCCAGAAAUAUUGUGACCGGUCAAAUGAUGACCAUAAUGAUGAACGAAAUACUAAAUGUGAAACUCAGACCGGAAGUUUACCACCAUCGAGUGGAAAACAUCCGUGGUGUUGGCACGCCUUUUGAGUUGUAUCUGACGAUGGCAGUAUCAAGUCUGCCAGAAAAGUUGAUGUAUAAUUCAACAAGUUUGAUAAACUUUAGCAACACAAGACAAGUUUUGAAUGGUGGAUUACAAAACGCAAUGGAAUUUAUGGUGAAUUCCAAAAUGGGUGGGGUCACGGCGCACAACGAUGGAGCCCUAACCGAAUCAAUGACAAAGGCACUGAUGACGCUGUCUAGGGAACACUGCUUGCAGGGAUUCAAUAGCUACAGAAGGCGAUUGGGGCUGAAAGGUUAUAAAAGCAUCGUCGAAAUGACGAGGAACUCGGACACCGCCACUCCCCUAUUGGAACUCUACCAAACGAUCGAAAAAGUAGAGUUCUUGACCGGCGUUCUGGCCGAAAGAACCAGUUCCUCCCAAGUUCUAUCCACGGCCGAAGUAUUGACGAAUAGCUACAUUAUAAAUGCUAUAUUGACCAACAACCUCACGUCGGUAGACUCGUGGGUACCCCAUACGUUCGGUGGAGAAGACGGUUUUAAGUUGGUGAAGACUGCCAACUUAAAAUCAUUGAUCUGUAGAAAUAUGGGUUGCGACGGACUAGAAAUCACACUAUAUGCGAA